ACAGAUCAGUCUUCAGCGUAAAGACUCUUUCCAUUUUCCCCAUUUUCCCUCUCUUCACUCCUAAACUCAAUUCUCAAAGAAAAUGAGAAAUUUGGUGUUCCUCGUCGUCUUCUUCUUCCUCUCUUGGUCUCUGCAUUUUCGGUUAACAAACUGUGAAAAUGUAACUUACGAUGGGAAAGCUCUCAUCAUCAAUGGCCAACGCAAAAUCCUUUUCUCUGGCUCUAUUCACUACCCCAGAAGUGCCCCUGAUAUGUGGAAAAGUUUGAUUGAGAAGGCAAAAAUGGGAGGAUUAGAUGUUGUCGAUACUUACGUCUUUUGGAACCUUCACGAGCCUUCACCCGGAAUUUAUGAUUUUGAGGGGAGGAAUGAUUUGGUGAAAUUCAUAAAAUUAGUGGAAAAGGCAGGACUUUACGUUCAUCUUCGCAUUGGACCUUAUAUUUGUGCAGAAUGGAAUUUUGGGGGAUUUCCAGCUUGGCUGAAGUUUGUGCCUGGAAUUAGCUUUAGAACAGACAAUGAACCCUUCAAGUUAGCAAUGGCAAAAUUCACCAAGAAAAUAGUCCAAAUGAUGAAGGAUGAACGUCUUUUCCAAUCUCAAGGGGGACCUAUAAUUCUUUCUCAGAUCGAGAAUGAAUAUGAGACAGAAGACAAGAAAUUUGGAGAAGCUGGAUUUGCUUACAUGAAUUGGGCUGCAAAAAUGGCUGUUCAAACGGAUACGGGUGUGCCUUGGGUUAUGUGCAAACAAGACGAUGCUCCCGAUCCUAUGAUCAAUACAUGCAAUGGAUUCUAUUGUGACUAUUUUUCACCAAACAAGCCUUACAAACCCAAAUUUUGGACUGAGGCUUGGACUGCAUGGUUUAACACUUUUGGCGGCCCAAAUCACAAAAGGCCAGUUGAAGAUUUGGCAUUUGGAGUUGCAAGGUUCAUACAAACAGGAGGCUCCCUAGUCAAUUAUUAUAUGUAUCAUGGUGGAACUAACUUUGGAAGAACUGCUGGGGGUCCUUUCAUUACUACUAGCUAUGAUUAUGAUGCUCCAAUUGAUGAAUAUGGUUUGAUCAGGCAACCGAAGUUUGGUCACUUGAAACGACUCCAUGAUGCCGUUAAGUUAUGUGAAAAAGCUUUGCUUACCGGCGAACCUCAUAACUAUACAUUGGCAACAUACCAAAAGGCUAAGGUAUACACUUCUAGCUCAGGAGAUUGUGCUGCUUUUCUAUCAAACUAUCAUUGGAAUAACACCGCGAGGGUGACUUUCAAUGGCAGACAUUACACUCUUCCUCCUUGGUCCAUCAGCAUUCUUCCUGAUUGCAAAAAUGUCAUAUAUAAUACUGCCCAAGUUCAAGUUCAAACAAAUCAGCUAUCGUUUUUGCCAACACGAGAUGAAUCGUUUUCAUGGGAGACCUAUAGUGAAAACAUAUCUUCAAUUGAAGACGAUUCAUCCAUGUCUUACGAUGGUCUUUUGGAGCAACUAAAUAUCACUAAAGACACCAGCGACUAUCUUUGGUACACGACCAGUGUUAAUGUAGAUCCAAAUGAAUCCUAUCUCCGUGGAGGGAAGUUUCCCACCCUCACUGCAACAUCAAAAGGUCAUGCUAUGCAUGUAUUCAUUAAUGGAAAGCUAGCAGGGUCGAGCUUUGGAACUCACGACAACAGUAAAUUUACGUUCACUGGAAGAAUCAAUUUGCAAGCUGGGGUGAACAAAGUUUCUCUGCUAAGCAUUGCUGGAGGAUUGCCAAACAAUGGCCCCCAUUAUGAGGAGAGAGAAAUGGGAGUGCUUGGACCAGUGGCUAUACAUGGAUUGGACAAAGGAAAAAUGGACUUAUCUAGACAGAAAUGGUCAUAUAAGGUUGGUCUGAAAGGAGAAAAUAUGAACCUGGGUUCUCCGAGCUCAGUUCAAGCAGUUGAUUGGGUGAAGGAUUUAUCGAAGCAAGAAAAUGCGGAACCACUUACUUGGUAUAAGGCUUAUUUUGAUGCACCAGAAGGAGAUGAACCUUUGGCUUUAGACAUGGGUAGUAUGCAGAAGGGUCAAGUGUGGAUAAACGGGCAGAAUGUCGGAAGAUACUGGACUAUUAUUGCCAAUGGAAACUGCACUGAUUGUAGUUAUUCGGGUACAUACCGCCCGUGGAAAUGCCAAUUUGACUGUGGUCAUCCGACUCAACAAUGGUACCAUGUUCCUCGAUCUUGGUUGAUGCCAACAAAAAAUCUGAUUGUGGUUUUUGAGGAGGUUGGUGGGAAUCCUUCAAGGAUUAGUCUUGUAAAGAGAUCAGUUACAAGUAUUUGUACUGAGGCAUCUCAGUAUCUCCCCGUCAUCAAGAACGUGCACAUGCAUCAAAACUAUGCAGAAUUGAAUGAGCAAAAUGUGCUUAAGAUUAACCUGCAUUGUGCAGCUGGGCAGUUCAUUUCAGCUAUCAAAUUUGCAAGCUUUGGAACUCCAACUGGAGCUUGUGGAAGUCAUGAGCAGGGGACCUGUCAUUCUCCAAAAUCAGAUUCUGUGUUGCAGAAGCUAUGCGUUGGUCGACGAAGAUGCUUGGCAACCAUACCAACCAGCAUUUUUGGAGAAGAUCCAUGUCCAAAUUUAAGGAAAAAACUAUCUGCUGAAGUUGUCUGCCAACCGGUAGCUACAUAGAACUGAUAAAUUAGAUAGAUCCAUGGCUAUUAGUUCAUAUCAAACAAGGUAGAGUCCAAUAUUGAUAUAUUUAUUUUACUUAGUUUCUAGGAGAUGUAGGUUUAUAGACUACCAGAGGGCAGAGAUAUCAACACAAUAGAUCGCAAGAUUUGGUGACUGAAAGAUGCUAGAAGUAGGUUUAGAGUUUGCUAGGAGUUCUCUUUUUUUUUUUUUUUUUUCUCUCUUUCUAGCGAUAAGCUUUAUCGCUUGGUAUAUAUGAAUAAAAACUCUGCCUCUAAUUUCUUAA